CUUCACUGCAGAUCCACGUCACGUCACGUGCCUUCUGUCAGACCCCCAACAUUCGACUAGGCGUAAGCGAUGAUCUUAGACUCUCCUCGAGGCCACAGAAAGAGGAUGCGCCCUCCCUCUGUAACCCACGGUCCCUGGCCUUGAAUAUGUCCUCGGAUUACGGGGAAGACAGUGAUGUGACCCAGCUUCAUUCCGGCUCCCGUCCCUGGGUUGACAGCCCGACCCUGACUCGCGCAGCCUUACCUGCUAAUUCACCCUCAUACCUCCCCCAACCGGAUGACGACUUGAACGAGAACGACUCAGCAUACGAGGAAGAUACAUUGCUGCGGGAUGAUACGAAAACCCUGGCCACGUAUAUCACCGAGUAUCGAUACGAGUUUGGUCGGCGGUACCAUGCUUUUCGGGAUGGUGCUUAUUGGGGACCGAAUGACGAGGUUGCAAAUGAACAGCAAGAUCUUGCGCAUCAUAUGUACACGGUGACUCUGGACGGAAAGCUGCAUCUUGCCCCGCUCAGCCAGCCACAGGAAAUCCUGGAUGUGGGGACUGGAACUGGGAUAUGGUCCAUUGAUAUGGCGGACGAAUACCCUUGCGCCCGAGUAACGGGUGUGGACCUUUCACCAAUACAGCCGUCAUUCGUGCCCCCGAAUUGUACAUUUGAGAUCGAUGAUAUGACGAUGCCGUGGACUUAUGCACCGGAACGAUUUGAUUUUAUUCAUAUCCGCGAGCUAUUUGGCUCUAUUCCUGAUUGGGAUGAAUUCUUCCGGCAGUGCUACCGCGCAUUGAAGCCCGGGGGCUAUAUCGAGGUUGUCGAACAUUCAGUCAGCCCCGUAGUCGACGAUGCCACGAUGCCCCCCGAUCAUUUCUACCGAACCUGGGGGAAGACCGUUAUGAAAGCCGGAGAACGAUUCGGUAAGAGUUUCUCCAUCUGGGAAGAAAGUGCGGACCGGUUGAAAAAGGCCGGAUUUGAAAAUGUGAUAGAGAAUUCUUAUAAAUGGCCGAUGAAUGGGUGGAGCGAGGAUCCCAAGCUACGUGACCUGGGACGAUGGAAUCAAUUUCGACUCAAUGGAGGAAUUGAAGGAUUCAUGCUUCGGCUUUUGACCUCGACGUUAGAGUGGCCCUACGCAAAGGCCCAGAUCUUUCUUGCGCAGAUGCGGGCAUGUCUUCGGGAUUACCGGACACAUGCCUACCUUCCGGUGACCGUUGUCUUCGCGCGAAAACCUGCUAAGUGAUAGCUUUACUUCAGUCUUGGCCAUCCCCAUCUCCUAACGCUAUGUACAGUGCCAGCUUGGGAGGUGGGCGACCCCUUGGACUCUUAACAUAUAGCCCACGUCAAUUGUCUCUUUCCCUUUGAUAUACCCAUUUACGUUGUGAUGAGAGAAAGAUCUCCAGGAGAGUCAUGUACAUAGCCUUUGGGUUACCCCGUUGGUAGAUUAAAUACGUAUUUGUCCCAAGUGUUAC